GAUAACGUCUCCCCAUUCUCCAUCUUCCGAGCUGCAACUCAGCUCAGCUAGUGGCGGGUGUAGAGAGUUCAUCGUUCUUCUUCUUAUGAUGGCCACCAUCGGCUUCCAAUCUCCCCGAAUCCGAAACCCUAGACCGCAUUCAUCAGCAUCUACCAUCUGUUAUCCCCAAUCCUUCUCCAUCACACUCCCGUACUCGAGGAGAUUCAUCUCCAACGCCUCCUCAAUACACCGACGCCUCAGCUGGAUCCAACCGUCGAGCUCCGUCACGUCGCCUAGCGAUAGCACAGUGUUCGAACCGGGGGCAACUGAGGAGAAAGAAGAGGAUGAGGUUGAUCCGACGUCGGAGGUGCGUUUCUUGGACCUGGAUGCGGAUCGGACGGCGGAGAGCAUCACGGAGUGGGAGUUGGACUUCUGCUCCAGACCAAUACUGGACGAAAGGGGAAAGAAGGUUUGGGAACUGGUGGUAUGCGAUUCGUCGCUUUCACUUCAGUACACCAGGUACUUCCCGAACAAUGUCAUCAACAGCAUUACUCUCAGGGACGCCAUUGCUUCCAUCACCCAAGAGCUCGGUGUGCCCUUACCCGAAAGGAUUCGAUUUUUCAGAUCGCAGAUGCAAACGAUUAUAACUAAAGCUUGCAACGAGUUGGGAAUCAAAGCUGUUCCUAGUAAGCGGUGCAUUUCAUUGCUUCUAUGGCUACAAGAGCGUUAUGAGACAAUGUACACUCGUCAUCCCGGCUUUCAAAAAGGAUCGAAACCUCUUCUUGCAUUAGACAAUCCAUUUCCCAUGAAACUUCCCGAAAACCUUUUUGGCGAAAAAUGGGCUUUUGUCCAGUUGCCUUAUUCAGCUGUGAGGGAAGAAAUCUCAUCGUUAGAGAAAAGAAGAGCAUUUGGGGCAACUCUAGAUUUGGAUCUUAUGGGCUUUGACAUUGAAGAUAAGACAUUAGUUCCUGGUGUUGCUGUUGCUUCAUCUCGUGCAAAACCACUGGCAGCUUGGAUGAAUGGCUUGGAGGUUGAUUCAAUGGAGGUAGAUACCAGCAGAGCUUAUCUGAUCUUAUCAGCUGGUGUAGCCACCAGAUAUAUCUACGCUACAUACAACAAAACUUCUGUAACCACUAGAGAAGCCGAAGCUUGGGAAGCAGCUAAGAAAGCCUGCGGAGGCCUCCAUUUUCUUGCUGUUCAACACAGUUUAGAUUCAGAUGAUUGUGUUGGCUUUUGGCUCCUCCUGGAUUUACCUCCUCCGCCAGUGUAAGUGAUUGGGAAAUUUACAAACAUACCAUGCAGUUUCUAUGUAUUUACAUAUCUUCAACCUAAAGUUUGAUGUUCAAGUUCAUUGCACUUUGGUAUCAUA